GGAUACUUGUGGGUCGAUUGCAGGCGGCGCGCGCUCUGCACGUGAAUCCAGCCAUGCGCUCGCCGCUGCCACUGCUCGUGCUCUCCGUGUGCGCGGCACUGUCCGCGCUGGCACCCGGGCCGUGCCGCGGGGCCCCCCUCCUCGUGGAGCCGUGCCGACUCCCCCCGGCAAGGAUCGCGGGGGCGCUGCCAGGGACUCGGGCAGACGUGUACGCGUGCGACGAGGCCAUCACUGACCCAGCCGCGUCGCCCUCCGGCUCGCUGGAGCACCUGCUGCUGGAGCACCUCCUGGGGCGCUUCCUGAGCGGCGCGCCAUCUUCCUACUCCUCCUCCCUGCCGGAUCUCGAGGCUGUCCGCAGGAGGGGCGCCACGGCGCCGAGGCCGUACACGGUGCAGCACUUCCGCUGGGGUACCAAGUACGGCAAGAAGCGGCGUCCCACUAAGGGCACCGCGCAGGGCGGAGGAGAGCGCGCGCAGACGGAUGACGGCGCCGAGGUCCGGGAGCAAGCGCAGCGACGUGAGCUGCAGGGGAAUCUGGGGACACCUUGGGACGUCUACCCGUGGCAGCAGCAGCAGUGGAAAGGGGAUCAGCAGCAGCAGCAGGAUCAGGAGGGUGAGGGUCAGGAGGAUGUGGAGGUGGUAGAGGCUGAGAUGCGAGAUUUCGACCACGCGGAGCAGAAACGCUACGGGGGCUUCAUGAAUCCCGCGGAGAUGUGCGACAAGAAAACCUUGCUGAAGUUCCUGAGAAAUGUCAUGGUGAACGAGCGCUAGCCCGUUGGCGUUUUGUUGAAUUCGUGUCUCGAUUCAGUUAUUUAUACCGGGGGGUCGCCGCGUAGAAUAUUUUACCACGACGCGAUGCCACAUUACUGUUCACGAUGUGAUGUGCAUCGCGAUGUCAACUUCCCACACAACCUCACCGUCGAAGUAUUUCGCGAGCGUUGCGUCAUUGCCAUCGACUCGUUCGUGCUUUCGACAGUCCGGUAACGAUUUCAGGGCUACUCGUUAGGGUUUAGCAACUGUAGAUGUGAUGACACCACUUGUGCUCUCUUCGUGCACCAAAAAGUGGGGGAGGAUGAAUUAAUCAACGUACAAUUAUGUAUGCGCAUUAUGCGUGCCCAUUGAUCUCAUACUUCCUGUGCAUUGCGUUUACAAAAAUAUCCGUACCAACGGUAAUCCCUAUUGAGGUAUGGUGCUCUGUAUAGGCAUGCAUUUACACAAUGUAUUAUUUGAUGUUUCGCUUCCACGCGGCACUAAGUAGGUACCUAUCCGAACGGUUAAAAUUAAUUUUAUUUCUUUUAAUUUCGAUAGAUUAUCUAAUUAGUCUUGGCCAGUAGUGACUAAUGUCGGGUGGUGGCGGUUUUAACGACACAUUUAUAUAUUUACACGAUCCAACCAAAAAAAAAUCUGUUGCAUGAAGACCCGCAUUAUAUCCUGAUCGAGUAAUUGCAAGAGCUAUGCAGACGAUGGCGCCUUAUAACCGCCGAGCCAUCAACUACUCCGGUAAAAAAAUGCAAAGUAACUAAAAUCGUAAUUGGUUAUAGCGAUGUGUUUAAACAAGUGCGCACAGAGGUGUUGGUUUAAUGAACGCACGUGUUGUCGCGUAAAGAAAACACUUCACAAGCGAGCCUUCGCGAGCGGCGACGUUUCACGAUCGUAUUUAAGAAGAGACAAAAAAAAACCGGACCAAGCGAUUUGCAAGGCUGCUGUUGUGGAUAAUUACAUCGGAGGAUGUGCCGUGUAUCGUGGUAUAUCGCCUUGCCGCGGCAACCCUUGGGAUGUUAACCACUGUCGGCCUUGAUCCAUCAACACAUGUCCGUGUCGUCAUUUCGCCCGCCACACGGCAUAUGCAUUAUUAUUUUUAUUCUUCUUCUUCUUCUUUGUGUGUUUUACAAUCCACAAGAGCGCACACAGAACCGAGUUUGCAGAGUAUAUGGCAAGCAGGAACAACAACCAACACCCCACGCUGACACGAUCCCCACGCUGACGCGAAUCGGUCACUCAAUUAUCUAACAUCGUAAAGAGGAAUAAACUCUAUGAUGACGACA